UGCAAGGCAUCCAAAUUCAGAGAGAAACAGCAGCAGCAGCAGCCAGACUCUGCCGAAAGUUGGAGAGACAGAGGUUCCGUGGGGGAUUAUUCUAUUUUUCACUUCUUCUGGGGACAAUCGUCAGUAGCAGAAAUUACAAUUCAUCCGCCGCGUAGGUGUAGACAGGACUUGGAAAAAGAAAAUAAGUGGAGCGGAAGCCAGGAUGAAUAAUAACGAGGAACUUGGAGAGGACGAAGCAAUGUUUGUGGAAGAGGACGAAACUUCGGAGAGUUUCAAUGAGCUCUGUUCUGACCUCAACCUCGACGCCACAACGAGAGACAACACAUGGAGGACUUUUGCCACCGUGCGACAAAAGUACACUCUGGAGGGGGACCCUGGGCAUUGGCUCUGUUGUGCAGUGUAUGUUGCCUGUCGCCAGGCCAACAUUCCCUCCGUGGGAAACUCGCCCACCAUUCACGGCAGCUAUGUCAAUCUCACUCGACUUCUUCGUACUUCGAAACUCAGCCUCGUCGAUUUUUUCGACAAGAGUCGCAAAUGGGGAGAUAUGACCAACAUGAGCCAUGAUUUUAGAAGCAAGAUUGAGCGACUGGAGAGGAACUUUGCAGUCACUACUGUGAUUUACAAAAAAUUUGAACCCAUCUUCGCAGGACUAUUCAAAGAAUUUUCUACCACCAACAUUGAAGAGUACAGGGCCAACCGCAAAAAGUUGACCCCGAAAUCGGCGGCCGAUUUAUUUGAGUUUUGCUGGACGCUUUUCCUGUGCGUCAAAAGUUCUCUGCGGAUAAGUGAUGACUUGGUUAAUUCCUACCAUUUGUUGCUUGCUUGUGUGGAUUUGGUGUUUCACAACGUAGUUCAAGCUUGUCGCAACAAUCUUCUAACUACAAAAUUUGCAGAUCUAGCUGAGGCUGGGGGAGAUCCUCGCAGUGGAGACCCCACUUGCAUAAUUCAUGCUCUCUGCGAUCUGUAUGACGGGGUCUCAGUGGAGGCCAAGACGAUCAAGGAGUACUGGCUUAGACCAAAAAUUCGAACCAUGAUUGACGCUGGACUCAUCCGUGGAGAUCCUGACACGUUGAGCGGCCUCAUGGAAGAGACAGUGUUUGAGAACAAUUAUCGCAAGUUGGAAAAGGAGUACGAAGAGUAUGUUCUUACCGAGGGAGACUUUGAUGAGCGAAUGUAUCUCAGCCCAGAGAAGCAUGCCGACUUUGGAAUGGAUUCUCCAAACAUUGACUAUCUGAAAAGUUUCGAAUGUCAAAGCCCUUAUCGCACAUACCCUCCACUCCAAGAACUUCGACACCUGAUGCCUCAAACCCCACUCACUGGAAAAAAGUAUUUGGGUGAUAAAGAGGAGUACUUGCAGUCGCCAAUCAGCCAAGCUACACAAACUGUUAGCCGACUUCAGGCUAUGCUUAGUGGUCGCAAAUCGGAAGCAUCGGAAAAGCUAAAAGAGCUGCUGAACGGUUGCAAACAGGAUCCGCUUCCGAGUAUGAAAACCCGGUUGGCACACUUGUCCGAAAUGUUUAUUGCACAUUACUUGGCAAAGCGAGGGGACAACGCACCUGGAUUCCACCAAGAGUUUGCCCUUUACCGAAGCCAGUUGGGACAGACCCUGUACUAUCGAUUACUGGAAAGUGUGUUGGGAAGUGAAGCCAAAUUAAGAGCAGACAAAGCAGAGUUGACCGAAGUCCUCAUGGACGAUGCCUUCAACUCGAGCCUGUUCGCUUGCAGCAUGGAAAUCGUCCUCUUCUCGUUCAACUCUAACCACCGCUUUCCCUGGAUUCUCGAUGCUCUCCAGUUGGCUGGCUACCACUUUUUUAAAGUGAUUGAAAUCAUUGUCCGAACUGAAGAGAGUUUAAGCCGGGACGUUGUCAAACAUUUGAGCCAAGUGGAAGAGAAGGUACUGGAGGAGUUGGCGUGGAAAGAAAACAGUCCACUUUGGAGCAUUCUUCUCACCAAAGGAGAACCCGUUCCUUCUUGCGAGGAAGUCUUCCUUCCAUCACAAAUGGAAAAAACUGGAAAUGAGUCCACAGAAAAUGCUCCAAAACGAUAUGCCGUUAUCAAAACUCCACAGGGUGAGAAGUGUGUCCCGGUUGCGGUGGGUGGAACAAAUCAGUCCACGCUAAUCAUUCAAGACAAAACGAGUUCCCAGAUUCUGGGUGUCGUGCUUCCCUCCAAACAUGGGGACAAGCCCAAGAAGGGCUCCUCUGUGGCACUCUUCUUCCGGAAGUUCUACCACCUUAGUUUCAUUCGACUUCAGGACCUUUGCAAAAAUCUCACCAUUGAAGAUGAAAUCCUGCGAAAGAUUUGGACUUGUUUCCAGCAAGCAAUUCAGAACAAUUUGGAAGAAUUGAUGAAGGCUCGUCACUUGGAUCAAAUCAUUAUGUGCAUUGUCUAUGUCGUGUCAAAGGUUGUGGGGUCGGAACGAAGUUUUACAGAGAUUAUGCGGUGCUACCGACUUCAGCCACAAUCAGCUUCUCACGUUUACAGAAACGUGAUGCUUUUGGAUGCUGGGAAACCAACAGAAAGUCGUGGAGAUCUCAUCAAGUUUUACAACACCAUUUUUAUCAAUGGUAUUCAAAAGUAUGCACUAAAGUUCUCGAGCAAAUCUGAAGACGCAACGGUACCUUUGUCACCAGUGCCUCACCUCAAAUCCACUCCACUGAUGUCCCCGUGUCAUCGUGUCGCUUCUCAACACUCGGUUUACCUUCGCACUCUUCGUAACCCAAAAAUAGCCUCUCCUUCAAAACCCCUCCGGUACAAUUUCUCUGCUCGAUUGAGUCCCAAUAACAAUCUCAAGGCCAUAAACGCCAUGCUUCAAGUGCCCAGCGGUAUCGAGCUUAAGGCCAAAGCUGUAAAGCGUUUAGUGUCAGAAAAUGAAGAGGGUGCCAUUUCCAUGGCUGACCAAGUUCCCACCAAAGUCUUUGCAAAGCGACUUCAGGAUUACAUUGAAGAGCGACCUGGAGGAGCAAACAACGCCACCACGAGCACCACCACCACGGUCGUUGGGGUCAGCGAAGCUAUGGAAAUGGAGUAGCCGUAACAACUCUCUAUUUUGAUAAUAAUUGUGACUGCACAAAUUAAAACUAUCCUACUUUUCUGUCUAAUUGUUAGCUAUUGUUGUUGUAACUUUAAUUUUACCUUCUCCCGUUGUUUGUUAGUCUGCGUGGACUGUGUUAUAGUUAUUGUCGGUAUAGAUUUGUACUUUUGGGUGUUGACUACUCGUGCCGUAUAUCUAAAUAUUUAUAGAAGGACGUAUUAGAUAUUCUUAUCUAAUAGGUAUUCAUUUUUUCAGAAAGUUUUUUUGCGUGUGUGUAUUGUUUGUACAAAUGAUAAUAGAUCUCAAAACUCCAUAUUACUGCAUCGCCAUCAUUUUAAUUAUGUACGUGAGCAAAGUGGGAUGUGCAUGUAUUUGGACAGAGAGAGAGAGAGUAAAUAAAUAUUGCAAUAUUGUCAAGUCAGA